AUGCCCUGUUAUUUUUGGGACUGCUGGCCUUCCCUGGAGAUUAGAGCGGUCCUGUGUGCCAUGGGCUGUAUUCAGAGCAUCGGAGGCAAAGCCAGAGUCUUCCGGGAAGGGAUUACCGUGAUUGAUGUGAAAGCCUCCAUCGACCCCAUCCCCACCAGCAUCGACGAGUCCUCCAGCGUGGUACUCCGCUACCGGACACCCCACUUCCGGGCCUCAGCCCAGGUGGUCAUGCCGCCCAUCCCCAAGAAGGAGACCUGGAUCGUUGGCUGGAUUCAGGCGUGCAGCCACAUGGAGUUUUACAACCAGUAUGGGGAGCAGGGCAUGUCUAGCUGGGAGCUCCCCGAUCUUCAGGAGGGAAAAAUUGAGGCCAUCAGUGACUCGGAUGGGGUGAACUACCCCUGGUACGGCAACACGACGGAGACCUGCACGAUUGUGGGGCCCACCAAGAGAGACUCCAAGUUCAUCAUUAGCAUGAACGAUAACUUUUACCCCAGCGUCACGUGGGCCGUGCCCGUCAGCGAGAGCAACGUGGCCAAACUGACCAACAUCUACCGGGACCAGAGCUUCACCACGUGGCUGGUGGCCACCAACACCUCGACCAACGACAUGAUCAUCCUGCAGACCCUGCACUGGCGUAUGCAGCUCAGCAUCGAGGUGAACCCCAACCGACCCCUGGGCCAGCGCGCCAGGCUUCGGGAGCCCAUUGCCCAGGACCAGCCGAAAAUCCUAAGCAAGAACGAGCCCAUCCCGCCCAGCGCCCUGGUCAAGCCCAAUGCCAACGAUGCUCAGGUCCUCAUGUGGCGGCCCAAGUACGGGCAACCGCUGGUGGUGAUCCCGCCCAAGCACCGGUAACAGCCAGGCCGCUGCCAGCCAGCUGAGACUCACGGAACAAUAUUACUGCUCAGAAGGAAACCCCGAUGCCCUCUCCGGUCAUUCACAAAAAUACAACCAUUCUACCUUCUCCAGGGGUGAUCUCACUGUGCUAACCCGCUGGCCUCCUGGCUCUUCCAUCUGCUUCCCUGCAGGGAGUUGGGGGUCCCGUAGGACAAACAGGCCCCACCCCAGCCCCAGCUCCCCUCCCCUCACAAUCUCAGUUGUUCGUUGCAGCUGAUUUUCUGAGACACUGCUUUUCUUUUUUCUUCUUCUUUUUCUUUUUUUUUUUUUUUUCCUCUCUGUGGGAUUCAGGGGCAGGAGAGGCGGGAGACGGCCGGUUUUGAGGGGGCCCAGCCCGCCCCUCUCGCCUCCUCCCCUCUGUCUGUCCUCUGCCAUGCGGCCUUAUGUAGACUCGCUUUGCCAAACUUUUGCCUUAAGCUGAAUUUAAAGGAGAGAAGGAAACGGAAAGGUCAAGGAUCUCUGCUCCCCAGGGGCUGCCCUCUUCUGCCAGAGUUGGAGAGAGUGGCAGGGCCAGAGGGAGGCCCACCUGAACCCCUCUUCCAGGGCUUCAGGGUUGAGGGGCAAGAAUGGGUUCUCAGGUCUAAAACCAGCUGUUUUAUUUUGUCGUUGUGGCAGAAUCAAAACCACAGAUUCUUCCUAGAGCCCCUACUCUACCCCAGGAGAACCCCUCUCCAGUACCCACUGGGGUACGAGCUGGGCAUAGAUCCUUGACCCCUCCUCUCUCCUCAGUAGCCUUAACUUGCCUGGUGAAGGUAUUCUGGGAGAAGGAAGGGGAGGUCCCAAAGUAUUAGGUCAGGGCUAGGGAACUUUCACCUUUGCUGUCUCCUGAACCCGCCCCUAGGUUGUGUGGCUUUUUCUCUUCCAUUUACCUUCGUCCCAAAUGCCUAGCAGGGUUGGCUGGGAGCAUUGCCACGAAUCCCUGUCAGUCUCACCUGUCCUAAGGUAAAGAAGGUGUGCCCUUCCCUCCGGGCCAGCAUUGUCACACUUGAAUCUGGGGUUCCAGCACCCCAGGAUGCCCAUCUGCUAGCACACUGAAUAGAAGCUGUGACAGGGCUUCAGGCUCAUUCUCAGGGGAAGCAACGCCCAGACUCUCGGGGGGGGGGGAGGGCUGCAGAUAAGCUCCAAGCACCCGUUGGAGGCUGCUUGACCACCUCCCCUCCCAAUCAUAGGUGCUCCUGGGGGUGGGGAGGUCUGGGGAGCAGUCAGCUGACUCGAGACGGAAGCCCAGGCCCAGAGCUGGAGACCGCGCUUGGGAGGUGCCAGGCUAUUGUAAAACUUGCUUGACACAUGGUGGGCAGUCUUGGGAUCUACCUUUUGGAGCCCGAGAACUUGGCCCUGUAGGAUGCCAAGGUUUCUAGCAAUGUCUGCUUUGUGCUGCUUGAGGGAUACUCCUUGAAGCAUGCCAACAGCUGUAUCACUGGACCCCAACCAAUAAUAAGCACAGAAAACUGUUAUCACAAAGAAAAUAAUGUCUUUUGCUGCUGCUGAGCCUCACUGGGGGAGCCUUGGUGACAGCGAGGGAGGACACAGCUAGAACCCAGCUCUGUUCCUACACCUGGGACGCAUUUCCUUCAGGGGUGCUUCAUGUCCUUCUCAUUCUCAGGCCACCAGAGCUGGGGGCUGCAGUCACCUGGAGGACACUGAGCCAAGUGUGCCGAGGGCAGGGUGGGUGCUGGAGAGGCGCUUGUCAAGGCUGGAGCUCCCUGGAGCCUUCCCCUUCUGUGUGUGGAGGCUGUCGCCUUAGCUGGGAGAGCCAUGGGGUCCCAGCCCCACACUAGCUCAGGGCUAGCCUGGAAACACCUUCUUGGCAUCCAGGACUUCCUUGCCCUAAAGAAAAGUGAUGGGCCCUGGUGAGGGCCGGGAGGAGCGUCCUUGUCCCGGGCUGUCUGGAGGUGGGGCCGGGGAAUGGGAAUGAUAGUGAGGGUGGCCUGAACUGAUUGGACAUGGACCCCCAAGCCCACAUUUCUUGCCGUCCUUCCCCACUGCAUGCCUGGCUUUGCCCACUUGGCUUCCUCGGCUCCCCUUCCUCUCCUACCCUCCUGCCUGGCAAAAGACAGGGCUAGGGAGACCCCCAGAGAGGCCAUGUGGGUCUAGCCGAGAACACCCAGCUUCUCUUGGGCUGUCCCCUCAGCUCAUUGCCUCAUGUUGUCGACAGACCCCAGGCUUUCCUCUACUGCUGUCCCUCAUGCCCAUGCCCACCCA